UUAUCUUUAUUACCAUUAAUUUACCAAUGUUUCCACAGGUGACUCCGCGUCUGGACACACACCCCGCUAUGAUCACGGUGCUGGAGAUGGGCGCCGCUCGACACUUCCUGCGCACACAGCAGCUCACCCGCAGCUCAGAGGAGAGAGCCCAGAUCCUGCAGCCCACACUGGAGAUCAAUGCUGGACAUGAUCUGAUCAAGAAGCUUCAUGCACUGAAGGACUCAAGCCCUGAGCUGGCACAGCUUCUCCUCGAGCAGAUAUAUGACAACGCCAUGAUCACCGCUGGCCUGAACGAAGACCCUCGUCCGAUGAUCUCGCGGCUGAAUCAGCUCCUCACUCAAGCUCUGGAGAAGCACUGACACCUGUGCUGGAGUUCAGCCUGACGGACUUGUUUUGCCUUUAUUAGAGCCAUGCGUGGAUGCACAAAGGGGGCUUCCCGAUAUUAUAAUAAUAUUUUAUAGAAUGAUAAAAAGGGCAGACUGGAAAAAAAAAGUUUAUCUGGAAAGAUGCAAGAUGAAUAUACCAGUGAAACAUUGUCUGUUGAAUAUUAAUAUUACUUGUACUUUUUUCUUGUCUUUCUUGCCCUAAAAUCAUUCACAUUUCAGUCUUUUUGUUCUGUAAAUUAACAGCUUUUUUCAUGUGUAAAUUAAAGUUAGGUGAAAAUAAAACAAACGU